GGAAGGGAGAGCGGAGCCUACAAAAAGGCGGGCCGCGCUCUUCCCGCCCAUACAUUGCUCCGAGAGCGCAACUUUUGAAAACUGAUCGACUUAGCGCCGAGUGAGACGACAGAAACCCGGAAAACAACCAUGCCAAUCCGAAGCAAGAGUGGAGCGCCGGCCAUCGGCAUUGACCUUGGCACAACCUACUCGUGCGUGGGUGUGUUCCAGCACGGUCGCGUGGAGAUCAUCGCAAACGACCAGGGUAACCGAACCACGCCGAGUUACGUCGCUUUCACGGACACCGAGCGCCUCAUCGGAGACGCUGCCAAGGCCCAGACCGCUCUCAACCCCGAGAACACCGUGUUCGACGCCAAGCGACUGAUCGGACGUAAGUUCGACGACCCCAAGAUCCAGGACGACCUCAAACACUGGCCCUUCAAGGUGGAGAGCGAUGCUGGCAAGCCCAAGAUCAACGUGGAGUUCAAAGGAGAACGGAAGAAAUUCAACCCGGAGGAGAUCAGCGCCAUGGUGCUGACCAAGAUGAAAGAAACGGCGGAGGCUUUUCUCGGCCAGAAAGUCAGCGACGCCGUGAUCACGGUGCCGGCGUACUUCAACGAUUCGCAGAGGCAGGCCACCAAAGAUGCAGGAGCCAUCGCGGGCCUCAACGUGCUUCGCAUCAUCAACGAGCCCACGGCAGCCGCCCUGGCCUACGGACUGGACAAGAACCUCAAGGGAGAGAGGAACGUGCUCAUCUUCGACCUGGGCGGUGGGACCUUCGACGUCUCCGUGCUCACCAUCGAUGAAGGCUCCAUGUUCGAAGUCCGGUCCACGGCAGGAGACACGCACCUGGGCGGCGAGGACUUCGACAACCGGCUCGUCACCUACUUUGCCGAGGAGUUCAAGCGCAAGCACCGUAAAGAUCUCCGCUCAAAUGCCAGAGCGGUCCGGAGACUGCGCACGGCAUGCGAGCGAGCGAAGCGGACGCUCUCCAGCACUGCCGAGGCCACCAUCGAAGUGGACGCCCUCUUCGAAGGAAUCGACUUCUACAGCAAAAUCACAAGGGCCCGCUUCGAAGAACUCUGCAUGGACCUGUUCCGAAGCACCCUCGAGCCCGUGGAACGCGCCCUGCAAGACGCAAAGAUGGACAAGUCUCGGAUCCAAGAUGUUGUUCUCGUCGGAGGGUCCACGCGCAUUCCCAAGGUGCAGAAGCUGCUGAAGGAUUUCUUCAACGGCAAGGAGCUCUCGAUGGGCAUCAACCCGGACGAAGCGGUCGCCUACGGCGCCGCCGUGCAAGCCGCGGUCCUCACCGGGGACACCAGCGAGAACAUCCGAGACGUGCUUCUGGUGGACGUGGCGCCCUUGUCCCUUGGCAUCGAGACUGCGGGCGGCGUCAUGACCAAGAUCGUCGAACGCAACUCUCGGAUCCCGUGCAAGACGUCGCAAUCGUUCACGACCUACUCGGACAACCAGCCUGCCGUCACGAUCCAAGUGUUUGAAGGGGAGCGCGCCAUGACCAAGGACAACCACCUUCUGGGAACCUUCAACUUGACCGGUAUCCCUCCCGCGCCGCGGGGCGUGCCCAAGAUCGAGGUGACUUUCGAUUUGGACGCAAACGGCAUCUUGCACGUUUCGGCUAAGGACGAGAGCACCGGCCGACAGGAGAGCAUCCGGAUCAGCAACGACAAGGGCCGCCUGUCCAGGGAGGACAUCGACCGCAUGCUGGCCGAAGCUGAAAAGUACAAGCGCGAGGACGAGAUCCAGCGGGAGAAGGUUGCGGCCAGGAACGGGCUCGAAUCAUACGUCUACGGUGUCAAGCAGGCCGCCGAAGAAGCCGGGGACAGGCUGACCUCUUCGGACAGGGACGCUGUCCUGGACAAGUGCAAGGAAACGUUGUCCUGGAUGGAUGCCAACACACUGGCCGAGAAGGAGGAGUACGAUCACAGGCUGAAGGAUCUGCAGCAGGCGUGCUCGCCCAUCAUGAGCAAGCUGCACCAGGGCACGAAGCAGCAGAGUGCGCCCAGCCACGGCGGACCCACGGUCGAGGAAGUGGACUGAGCUCUGCGUGCUCUACGGACUCUUGUAGAUAUGACAGUUCGCGGUUCCUAACACGUGUAAUGUAAUAUGUAUAGUUGUACAUAUUGUUUUUAACUUAUAAAUAAAGCUUACACAAUCUCCA